CUUUCAGAAACGUUAGGAGAAUAAUUCCUGCUAAGAGCUUUCAAAGUUCUCGAGAUUAAUUUUUAACGAGUACUAUACGGCUCCAUGUGUCUCGCGACGAUAAUUGAGGACAAUAAGGACUUUAGUCAGACGACAGAUAAUAGCUCACGUCUACGAAAUUAUUCAAGCAACCACUUUACGAUACGAACGAUAGCUAUACGAUCAUUUGAAACAAUCAUUAAAUUUUCUGCCUCGUUUCACAUAACAGCUACUCGAGUCUUCGAGUUCGUUUUGUUUCCACCAUGGACGCAAAGACAGUCGAAACGCAAUACUUGAAGAUCACCAUAAAGUGUGCAAAAUGGUGUGGAGUGUGGCCUUAUCAAAGUAGCGGUACAAAAUAUUUUACACGAUUUGUUAUAAUUGCAUUUACUAUUAUAUGUUUUGUUCUACAAUUGAAGGUAAUUCUGGCGGACAUUUUCGAUGAUUGGAAGACAAGCGGAUUGAAGGCCGAGUACGAUAUUAUGAACAUGUACGGAGAGAGAGCGGUGCUCAUUACGACAAUUUAUUUAGUGAAUGGUAUAAUUUCAUCGAUUACAUUUAUUCAAAUACCUUUGGUACCGCUUGUAUUGGACAUCGUCGCACCGCUAAAUGUGUCGCGAGGCAUAGGAUACAUGUUUCCAGCAUAUUACUUCGUCGACGAACAUAGAUAUUAUUACUUGAUAGUAGCGCAUAUGAUUAUUGCGGUGUCAGGAGUUCUUAUAUUUAACGUCGCCUUCGAUUCGACCUACAUGUAUAUCGUACAGCAUGCUUGUGGAUUGUUGGCAGUUUCUGGCUUCCGUUUCCGGAAUGCAAUCCAGGCUACUGUCGUUCAAAAAGAGAAGGAC